CUCUGGUUAACGAGUAUGCGCGCAGUGCAGCGAGCGCCCGUCAUCCUCGCCGCGCACGGAGAGUUGACUCAAGGUAAUCCUCACCAUGUGAGGAGGCGGCUCGCCGGGGAGGCGGGGUGCUUUUCAUUCAAAUCCUCGGCUCGGCCUAUAAAAAGAGAAGUUAAGCCGAGAGUGUCAGAGCCCACGAGAAGCCUGGCCGGCCUGAAUCGGGAACCGAACGGAGCAUUGUCCGCCAUGCCCCCGCCCGCCGGCACACUCAAAGCCGCCCUCGCCUGUCUGCUUCUCCUGCCCCGUUUUCUGCUCGCCGCCCUCAUGCUCUGGCUUCUGGAUUUCCUCUGCAUUCGAAAGAAGAUGCUGCAGAAGAUGCGAGAGCGGGAGGGCAGUCCCGACGACCCCCCUCUUUGCGUCUCCGACUCUAACCGCAUGUUCACCUGGGAGUCCCUCAAGGCUGUAUGGCAUGGCCAAAAGCUGGACUACUUCAAGGAGGCGCACCUGGGCAGUCGGGCCCCCAAUCCCGAGGUGGUGCAGCUCGACCAGCAACAGAAGGGACGCCUGUUAGAUUAUGCACGGGAGCGCAGACCCCUGAUCCUCAACUUCGGCAGCUGCACCUGACCCCCGUUCAUGGCUCGCCUCCAGGCGUUUCAGCGGCUGGUCGGUGAGUACUCGGACAUCGCAGACUCGCUGCUGGUCUACAUCGAGGAGGCACACCCUUCGGACGGUUGGCUUAGCACAGAUGCGCCUUACCAGAUCCCCCGGCAUCGCUGUCUCGAGGAUCGCCUGCGAGCCGCCCACUUAAUGACCCAGGAGGCGCCCGGUUGCCAAGUGGUGGCCGACACCAUGGACAAUUCGUCGAACGCUGCUUAUGGAGCCUAUUUUCAGAGGCUGUACAUCCUCCAGGACCAGAAGGUGGUUUACCAAGGUGGGAAAGGACCAGAAGGCUACAAGAUCGCCGAGGUGCGAGAAUGGCUGGACAAGUACAAGAGGAGCCAACAGACCACCGUGGUCAUCCACGUAUAAUCCUGGACAGUUCCUAAACGUCCCUUUUUUAGAUAGUGUUAAAGAAAGCUGCUACCGAAGUGUUCACUGUGCAACACCACUUAACUGUUGCGGCCAAGUAUUACUUCUGACCGGACUUUUUUUUUUUUGCCUUUUGACUGUUUGUAUAUAAUGAUCUCAAUGAUGAUGAUGUCAGUGCGCGUGCGUUUUACUACGGUUUCAAAACUUGCUGUUUUGUACAUUUGUAAAUAUGCAGUUGAUAACGUGUGCGCCAUUAUUUUUAUACUGAUGAUGCUCCGAGGGGCGCAGCCUCUCUUGUCUUUGACUUCCUUACCUGCUAGUUGGGAAUCUGACGCCAGCAGCACUUCUCCCACGCGUGCGCGCGGAUUUCAUUCUUCGCAUUGACAAUCGCUGGUUAUUCUAGUGUUGUUAUGAAGUUCGGUUUUGAAAUGGUAUGAAGCCAGAAAACCGGGGCUGAUGUGCUUGGAUACUGGAACAGCCAGUGAUGAAUGAUUGCCUCAAUGAUCAAUGAGAAAUGAAAUGAUUUAAUGUUGUUUUUGUAAAUUAUACGCAUUUUUUACACAAUUUUUUGUAAUAAAAAUGUCAAAACGAA